AUGGCCAUCUCCGGUUCUUUGCAGCUGUUGUCUCUUGAUCUUGGAAUUCGCAGUAACAGCCGGCGCGGCAAACGAUUUCGAAAUUCGAGAACCAGAAGCAAAAUGCAGUUGCUGGACACUACCGUAGUCUCAUCGUCGUCGUCGUCGUUGUUGCAGUUUCCUUGGAGUACAAGUAUCUCGAAGAGGAUACAUAGACGAUGGUGCAUCUUCUACUCCCGAAAUCAGCAAUUUAAAUGUCGAUGUUCUCUAAACAAAGGCCUCUCUGUGGACAUUACUUUUGUGAAGAAUGCCACCUUAACUUUAACAGGUUCAAUUCCUCGUUUGCAAGGAAGUCCACUUGUCAUCAAAUUAGCUUCAUCCAUCGGUAUUGUCGUUUUUGCAAUAUGGGGAAUUGUGCCACUUGUACGAAAAAGCAGAAACAUAUUUCUGAGAGAGAACGACAACAGUUGGACAAAGAGCAGUACAUAUCACGUAACCACCUCUUAUGUUCAGCCUUUACUGCUGUGGGCAGGAGCAAUCUUCAUCUGCAGAGCCUUGGAUCCAGUUACUCUUCCCUCACAAGCUAGUCAAAUUGUUAAGCAGCGGCUCCUAAAUUUUGUCAGAUCGUUGUCAACAGUGCUGGCCUUCGCACAGUGUUUGUCGAGUGUAAUCCAACAAUCACAAAAGUUCUUCAUGGAGACGAAUGAUACAAUCGACAACAGAAAUAUGGGCUUCCAAUUUGCUGGCAGAGCAGUAUACACGGCUGUAUGGGUUGCAGCUAUAUCAUUGUUCAUGGAGUUGUUGGGCUUCUCGACCCAAAAAUGCAUCACAGCAGGAGGACUAGGGACCGUUCUGCUCACUCUUGCUGGGCGUGAGAUACUCACAAACUUUCUCUCAAGUUUGAUAAUCCAUUCAACACGUCCAUUUGUAUUGAAUGAAUGGAUUCAGACAAAGAUUAGCGGUUAUGAUAUUUCCGGAACGGUCGAGCGUGUGGGAUGGUGGUCACCUACUAUAAUCAGAGGCGAUGACCGUGAAGCUGUCCACAUUCCGAACCACAAGUUCACUGUGAAUGUUGUAAGAAAUCUCAGUCAAAAAACUCAUUGGCGUAUUAAAACCCACCUGGCCAUCAGUCAUUUAGAUGUUGGCAAAGUUAAUAACAUUGUAGCCGACAUGCGCAAGGUUUUGGCAAAAAAUCCUCAAGUAGAACAACGGAAAUUGCAUAGAAGAAUAUUCUUGGAUUACAUUAAUCCAGACAAUCAAGCUCUGACGAUAAUGGUGUCUUGUUUCGUGAAGACCUCACAUUUUGAGGAAUACUUGUGUGUUAAGGAAGCCGUACUCCUCGACCUUCUCAGGGUCAUUGCCCACCACCAUGCUCGACUGGCUACCCCAAUCCGUACGGUCCGAAAUGUAUACGCUGAUGCUGACUUGGACAGCGUACCAUUUUCAGACUCGUUCACCCGUGGGGCCACCUCAAUCCAACCAUUACUGCUAAUGGAGCCUUCUUAUAAAAUCAAUGGAGAAGAUAAGACCAAAACUCAAACAGAGGCAAGUGAUCAUAACAAGAAAGACGGGCUUGCAUCAAAUGACAAAACUGUUCAUGCCAUGAACUCUAAAUCUCAAUCUAAUCCCAAAACUGACAAUAUUGCACCCAAGUCUCAGUCUGUUGCAGCUAAACCCUCGCUAGAAGAAAAUAUUGUGCUUGGAGUUGCUUUAGAGGGAUCGAAAAGGACAUUGCCGAUUGACGAGGAAGAUCAGAUGAUGACAUCAGCACCAAAUACAGAAGAUUCAAAAGAAAUGGCAGCACUGGCUGUGGCUGAGAAGGGAAAAAAUGAUUCCAAUAGAUCUACUGGCCCCGGUUCAACGUCUGGUAAUCAGAUAGACGAGCAAGAAUAG